UCACUGGCUCUCACACCUUAAGCACUGCAAAUGGUGCGUUCACAGCUCAACUCUUCAACCUAAGCUGACAGCAAACAAUGGGACAUAGCCGAAGGAGGAUCAACGGUUCAUGAAACUUUACUCUGAAAAGCUCAACUUCGUUUUUUGGAAGAACAUUUUCAGGACUCGAAGUCUGUGAGUUGUCAAAAACUGAGAAAAAACUUGUUAGGAAGAGAUUGAUGGGUAGAUGUCUUAUCUAUUUUUGUUAUUCGGGACCUUGUUUAGUUCCUUUUAGACAUAGGAACUGUUACUGAGAUCAAUUUUAAGAUUCGCUCUUCUGAGGACACAUUUGUUCAUCCUUCCACAAUGCCAGUGGUCAAGGUUGAAAAGGACUCUCAGUCAGACGGCGUCUUGGCGUCCUCUGACCCUCCACCACAGACAGAGGAGCAGCCGAGAGGUCGAAGGAGGAAGAGACCCCUCCAACGAGGAAAACCCCCCUACAGCUACAUCGCUCUCAUCUCCAUGGCUAUAGCUAAUUCCCCUGACCGCAAGCUGACACUAGGAGGCAUCUAUAAGUUCAUCACAGAGCGCUUCCCCUUCUACAGAGACAACUCAAAGAAGUGGCAAAACUCCAUCCGCCACAACUUGACGCUCAACGACUGCUUCAUCAAGAUCCCCCGUGAGCCGGGACGGCCUGGAAAGGGCAACUACUGGGCCCUGGACCCCAACGCAGAGGACAUGUUUGAGAGCGGCAGCUUUCUGAGGCGCAGGAAGAGGUUUAAGCGCUGCGACCUCAGCACCUAUGCCUCUUACGUCCACGACACGCCGGUAUUCCCCCCCGUCCAGAUCCCCAGGUCAGCUGCGUACUCCAACUACCCCAACAUGACUGUCAGCCCCAGCUAUGGGCAGCAGCUGCCCUCUGCCUACUACCCCUCUCCGUCCCCGCCUGGGUUUGCUCACGGCCAGACCCGCAUGUUCAGCAUCAACAACAUCAUAGGGCACCCAUCUGCUGCCAGCAUGCUGGCCAGUCAGGGGGCAGAGGUGAUGCAGCAGCCCAGUCGGACCUUCAGUCCCGAGGGACUCGCCAACGGAUCAACCCCCUGUGGCCUAGGCGCUCCGGGCUUUCAAGGUCAGGCAUGCGGGGGCACGGUGGCGCCCCGCUCCACGGCACACCCAGGAUACUUCUCUGGGCCGAGCAGCCAUUCGCAUCACCACCAGAGCUCCUACGGACAGGGCCCGACACAGAGCUAUGCACCAGCUGGCCGGAUCCACGGGCCUGCAGAGACCAUGGACCACUAUGGGAGGGUCUCCCCAGUGCAGCUAGGCUCCUUCUCCCAGUACAACAGUCCAGGUCCGGUCACCAAUUCUGGGGGAUACUUAAGACACCCCUCUUACACAGGGAACAUGGAGCGGUUUGUGUCUGCAAUUUAAGCUACAGAGAAAGUCAGUGUAAGUUUUAGACCAUCACAGACUCUAGAGGCUGUGAAAUGAGCCAGGCGUACCAGCAUCCAUUGAUUUCAUAAGAUGAUAAACCAACUGUGACUUCCCUGCAUUAACGCUAGAGCUCAUCGUCAGCACUGAUGACAAAAUUACAGCUGAAAAAAUGUCUGGUUUGAAAUGUCAAAGCGCCCUCCCGGCACGAGGACGCCACUUACAUGUAAAGUAGACGCGAGGUUGCAGGUUUUUACUGUUUUUUUUUUUUUUUGUGACUUGAAUGUGCAAAUUAAAUAUUGACGGUACUUCUUCUUAGUGGAAAUGGCACAUUUUGUGAUGUUUAUAUAAAUUAUUGUGGUCCAAACUUAACCGUGAGCAGCUUGUGUGGAGAUCACUGGUUUUAUGAAAAGCAUGAAAGGCCCCUCUGUAAAUAAAAUGUUCAAAAACAAACAAAAAAAAG